GAAAGAAAGUCCAAAACACCAAAUCAGCAAAGAACAAACACAGGAAAGGAAAGUCCAAUCACCAAACCCACAAAAAAAGGAAAGAAAGUCCAAAUCAUCAAACUCAGUGAAGAACAAACACAAGAAGGAAUAAAAGUCCAAAUCAUGAAGAACAAAUACAAGAAGAGAAAGAAAAAACAACAAGAAAGGAAAGCUAUUAUUACUACAGCCAAGUCAAAAUCACCAUUUGCAGUAAAGCAUAGUACAAAAAGGAAAGAAAAAUUGAAAAAUGAAAAACAACAAGAAAGCUACUUUUCACUACAGCCAAGUCCAAAUCACUAUUCCUGGCGAAGCAUAACACAAAAAAGGAAAGAAAGUCCAAAAUACCAAAUCAGUGAAGAACAAACACAGAAAGGAAAGUCCAAUCACCAAACCCAGCGAAGAAAGAAAAGAAAGUCCAAAUCACCAAACCCAAGAAGAACAAAUCUACAAAAGAAAGGAAAGUUAGUUGAAAGAAUUGAAAAAUGGAAACAACAAGAAAGGAAAGCUAUUAUUACUACAGCCAAGUCUACCAUUUCUGAACAAACACAAGAAGAAAAACUACCACUUCUGGUGAAGAACAAAUCUACAAAAGAAAGAAAAUUAGUUGAAAGAAUUGAAAAAUGGAAAACAACAAGAAAGCUACUUAUCACUACAGCCAAGUCCAAAUCACUAUUCCCAGUGAAAUACAAUACAAAAAAGGAAAAAAAGUCCAAAACACCAAAUCAGUGA